AAUCCUUUCUUUCUAACUACAUCUGUUAAUGGCGUCUGCACUUCUCCUCUCGAACCUUCCCUUCUUCUCCCACCAUCGUAAUGGCAAAAACCUCGUUUUCAGACAGACCUCAAGCUUUACCCAUUCAAAAUCCAUAAGAAGUUCCAAGUUCGAUAUACCCAAGAAGAAAAGCCCUAAAAUUUCCCUAUAUUCCUUUCUCUUAUCAACUAAGAUUCUCGCAGGAACCUCUGAGAAUCCAGUCUCUGAUGAGCUUCUAGCCGGUGAGGAUUCAGCUGUGUUCGAUGUCGGCAGCCAAAAGAUCUCUUCUUGGCUUUACUUUACUGGAAUCUUAGGAGUUGUUCUCUUUGUCCUUGAUGUGGUUUGGUUGGAUUCGUCUACUGGGUAUGGAAAGACAUUCAUUGAUGGUGUUGAAAGCCUUUCGGAGAGUCACGAGGUAGUAAUGUUGAUUCUUAUUCUCAUUUUUGCUACCGUCCACAGUGGAAUGGCUAGUCUUCGAGAUUUAGGAGAAAAAUUAAUUGGAGAACGUGCCUACCGUGUCCUCUUUGCGGGGAUCUCUCUACCAUUGGCAGUUAGCACUGUUGUGUACUUCAUUAAUCACCGGUAUGAUGGAGUGCAGUUGUGGCAGCUCCACAGUGUACCUUUUGUCCAUGAACUAGUGUGGAUCUCAUCCUUCAUCUCUUUCUACUUGCUUUAUCCUUCAACAUUCAAUUUGUUAGAGGUUGCAGCUGUGGAUAAGCCUAAAAUGCAUCUUUGGGAAACCGGUAUCAUGAGAAUCACCAGGCACCCACAGAUGGUUGGGCAGGUGAUCUGGUGCUUGGCUCACACACUCUGGAUUGGCAACUCUGUAGUUGUGGCAGCUUCUAUUGGCUUAAUUGGACACCAUCUAUUUGGUGUCUGGAAUGGUGACAGGAGGUUGGCUUUGCGUUAUGGAGAAGCUUUUGAGGUCGUUAAGAGUCGAACCAGUGUUGUACCUUUUGCAGCUAUCCUUGAUGGCCGCCAAAAGUUGCCGAAAGAUUAUUACAAGGAAUUCCUUCGGUUGCCAUACCUAGCAAUAACAGCAUUGACACUAGGUGCAUACUGGGCCCAUCCACUUAUGCAAGCUGCAAGUUUUCGGCUACAUUGGUAGGAUGUGAGUGGUUCAUUUAUCCUAUCUGUACCUCACAAAUUGAGCUUGAAGUUGUAUAUUUUGUACAUUCCUAUUUUGGGCAUUCAGUGAAGAUGUUUAUCAGGUUCAUUUGGAAG